GCCCCGCCCACCAGCCAGCCCCACCGCGGGCGGAGGGAGUCGGUUCUUUGCCGAGGCGCGCGGAAGGCUCCUGAGAGACUAUGAGCGCGGCAGGUUCGCGCGGUCGCCGCCAGGCGCGACUGUCCCGCUUGGUCUCCUUUAGCGCGAGCCACCGACUGCACUGCAAAUCUCUAAGUGAUGAAGAAAAUUUGAAACUGUUUGGGAAAUGUAACAAUCCCAAUGGCCAUGGGCACAAUUAUAAAGUUGUGGUGACAGUACAUGGAGAGAUUGAUCCGGUUACAGGAAUGGUUAUGAAUUUGACCGACCUCAAAAAGUAUAUGGAGGAGGCAAUUAUGAAGCCCCUUGAUCAUAAGAAUCUGGAUCUGGAUGUGCCAUACUUUGCAAAUGUUGUAAGCACAACAGAAAAUGUAGCUGUAUACAUCUGGGAGAACCUCCAGAAAUGUCUUCCUCAACUAGUACACAAUGGACUCUCAGAAUAUUGCUGCCCCAAAAUAAUAAAAGGACUUGUGCAGUGCCUGAAAAGAAUAAAAGGACUUAUGCAGUGAUUACUAUUCUAGAAAUGUUUGCGAAGGAGUAGACAUUUAUUUUGGAUUUUGGACAUAUAUGCAUAUGUGCCUGGUGAGCUUUUCAAGCUGCUGGGACCAGGAGCUGAGUUAUGGAGUGGCCCUGUUUGUUUGAAGAAGUUAACUAGAUGGACAAAGGCAAGCUAAGAAAUCAGUGGGAAAGCUGUUGCAAGAUUCUGGACAUGAGGCGAUGGGAUGGUGAUGGCAGUGGAAAUAGAGGAAGGAGAAUAGUUCUACAUUGUGCUUUGCCUACUGUGGGACUAUGGGAUUAUGCAUUUUGUCACAUACUUUUUAUAUUAUCACACUUUAUCCUCAUAACCAUCCUGCAAGAUGAAUAUAUUAGUUAUUUACUUUUACAUAACAAAUCACCCCCAAAAAUGGUUUAAAACAGUACAUAUUUAUUAUCUCAAUUUCUGUGGGCUGGAAAACUGAACAUGGCUUAGCUGGAACCUUCGACUCAGGAUCACUCAGAAGGCUGUAGUCAUCUCAAGGUUUGACCAGGAGGGAUUCUCUUUCCAACUCACGUGGUGAUUGUCGGAAUUCAGUUCCUCAUAGGUGGCUGGACUAAGACCUUAAAUUCCUUCUCUUUCUUGCCAGAGAGGCCUCAUUAUAGUGUAUCUCCCAACAUUAUAGCUUGCUUCCUCAGAGGAAGGCAGAAAGAGGGUGAGGGAGAGUACCAGCAAGCUUGAACUCACAGUCUUUUAUAACCUAAUCAGUCUUUCUGUCCUUAGAAGCAAGUCACUAAGUCUAGCUUACAUCAAGGAGAGGGAAUUAUAGAUCCGCUGUUAUGUGUAAAAUGAGACAUGGAGAAUAGUAGGAGGUGAGGCUAAAGUCAAGGAGUAGAUAUCAUGCUUUAUAAUUUUUUUAUUUGCCAGAGUACAUACACUGUCUGCCAGAGAGACAGACAGGGAGAAA